CAGCACUGCUCUCUCCCCGGCGGUUACCCUCGUCGACGGCCAGCUGAGAGGGCCGUCCACGGCCAAAAAGUAUCUGCUCCUGUCGAUAUUCUGCCUGGCCCAGUUCAUCGACUCGUUCAAUAACUCGGCUUUGUUCUCCGCCAUCCCCUCGCUCGACGAGGCUAUGAACAUGACCGAGGGCGAGUCGGCGUGGCUCAUCAGUGCUUUCCAGCUCACCUUUGCGUCCUUCCUCCUCAUGAGCGGCAAGAUCAGCGACCUCUACAGUCCCAAGGGUGCCUUUGUGGUCGGACUGGCCGGGGAAGGACUCAUCUCUCUGGGUGCCGGGUUUUCGAAGGACAAGAUCACGAUCAUUGUUUUACGAGCUCUUACGGGUAUUGCUGCCUCUAUGACUAUUCCCUCCGCUCUCACCCUUCUUGUCAAUACAUUUCCGGAGACCCAAGAGCAAGCUCGCGCCAUCGGUAUUUUCGGUGGUUGCGGAGCAGUCGCCAAUGUCCUCGGCCUAGUCAUCGGCGGCGUCUUCGUACAGUACGCCUCCUGGCACUGGGUCUUCUGGUUCGUCGCCCUCGUCGCCACCCCCGUCUCCCUCGCCUGCAUCUUCCUCCUCCCCUCGGACACGCACGUCCUCCCCAUGUCGCAAUCCACCAAGCUCAAGAAACUCGACCUCCCGGGCGUCUCCACGCUCACCAUCGCGCUCAUCCUCUUCAUCUUCGCGCUCACAUCUGGGUCCACCGGACAGUGGGCCUCCGCGAUGGUCCUCGCGCCGCUCGUUAUCUCCCUCCUCAUGAUCGGCGGGUUCCUCUACUGGGAGACUUUACUGCCGCGCGACCAGGCGGCCGUCCCGCCGCAGACGUGGUUCCUCCCGAACUUCGCGGUGCUCUUCGGCGUCGCGCUCCUCCCGUACCUUUGGUGGACGACCGUCUUCACGAUAUUCACGACGCUCUGGCAGAGCGUUUACCAAUGGCGCGUGAUCGACUCCGCGGUGCACUUCGUCCCGAUCGGCGUCAUCUCCUUUGCCAUGUCCUGGACCGGGCCCCUCAACCGCAAGAUCGACUCAAAGUACCUCAUCCUCAUUGGGCACGGGUUCCUCGUGGUCGCGACGGUGCUGCUCGCGUUCGCGGAUCGGCCCGAGCGGUAUUGGAGCUUCGUGUUCCCCGCGUUCCUGCUCGGCAGCGGCGGCGCGAUGCUCACGUACACGCACGUCAACAUCGCGAUCUUCCGCACGACGCCGAGCAGCAUGGCGGGCACCGUCGGCGCGAUCUUCAACGGCGCGCUGCAGCUCGGGAGCGCGGUGGGCAUCGCGGCGGUCACGAGCAUCGAGACGAGCGUGGAGGGGAAGGAGGGCGGGUUCACGGCGUACUUUGGGCGCCGCGCGGCGUUUUGGUUUUUGCUGGGCAUCGUGUGUGUGGAGGCGGUGGCGAUCAGUGUGUUCUACCGCCCGGGCGUGAAGGCGUGCGAGGAGGAGACGGCGACGGUUGUGCAGGAGAAGGAUGCGGCGUACGCGAAGGGGGCGGAUUAUGUCAAGGACCCCGAGGCGUUCCCCAGUGCGAGGACGUCGGACGAGAAGGUGGCGGACGCACCGGUUGCGCACGCCGAACCACAACCAAAGACCAACGAUGCUCGGUAUGGACUCGAUAUCGACCACCAGCCAUCGGCUGCGAGCAGUAACGAAUACAUUUACGAAAACCACGACACGCAAGAAGCUGUCCACGAACUUCCAAGGUUAGACAAGGGUUACGCUACCGAGCAAGUAUAGACGGGUUUUCUUUCUCUCCUUCUCAUCUGUUUUGGGUUUUCGGGUUUUCUUGCUUAUCUUCGUCUCCUCUGCUUUCUAUCGUCUCUAACCCUCCAUUUCUCUCUAUCUCGCACGCAACACAUAGACCUCCCUGCAACACUGAUCCUCUCUAGAUAUCCAUAGACUACCCUAGUACAUACUCCCUCUGCACGGACUGCUGUAUCCAUAGC